AGAAAGGGUAGUUUUGGAAAUUAGCUUUCGAGGAUGAAGAAGACGAUCAAAUCGAAGACCAACACAGUUGAGUGCAAAACGAGAGAGGGAUUAAGUUCGAUCCUUUCUUUGUCCUUGUCGAGAUCUUCAGACUUCUAAGAGAAGAUCAAAGUAAUUAAACAAAGCCCAAAGAAGGAGGAAGUGAUGUUUUCUCUUAUGCAUGGAUUGUGGAGUUACAUGUUCAGCAAGACAGAGUUCCAUGUGCUCAUUCUUGGUAUAGACAAAGCUGGGAAGACGACAUUUUUGGAGAAGUUGAAGACGAUAUACUCUGUCUCAGAAGGUCUUCCACAUGAUCGAAUUGUUCCUACCGUGGGGCUAAAUAUCGGUCGUAUUGAACUCGCCAAUGCUAAAAUUGUGUUUUGGGACCUGGGAGGUCAGCCUGGUUUGCGUUCGAUUUGGGAGAAGUAUUAUGAAGAAGCACAUGCAUUGGUAUAUUUGAUCGACGCAGCUUGCCCAUCCCGCUUCGAAGAUUCAAAAUCUGCUCUAGAAAAAGCCCUGCGGCAUGAGGAUUUGCAAGGAGCCCCUCUUUUGAUACUGGCAAACAAGCAAGAUCUCCCAAAUGCUGUAUCGGCUGAGGAACUGGACCGAUACCUAGAUCUAAAGAAACUAGACGAGAGGGUGUACAUGUUUGAAGCAGUUUCCGGAUAUGAUGGCAGACGAGGAAUCAAAGAAAGUAUAGAGUGGCUGGUCGGAGUCAUGGAAAGAAGCAAAAGAACCGACACGUUGAAAGCCCGUGCAGGAUAUGCUCCUGUGCCAACUUCCUAGACAUGAAAGGGACUCACAAACUCGAUUCUCAAACCAACUGUUUUCACUGGGAUACAUUUGUAGAUAAAAACAGAGCAGAAACUUGCAUUGUUUUGGGUUUAGCAUCAAAUCACAUGAUGAGUAUAGGACUAGUAAUCUCCUUAUUGUUGCCUAUUAAAUCCUUACUAAUGUUAUGAUUCAAUUGAGAUUUGAACUCAUGAUUGCAUCUCCAAACAAUGAUGUAAUCAAAUUUUCUUGAAUCUAAAAACUCAUUGGAAAUAAA